CGGGGAGCUGCGCGCCUGCAAUGGCGGCGCCGGCGAGGAGCCGCUGCGCGCCGCUCCUGCGCUCGCCUGGGCGGCCGCGGCUCUAGGAGGGGAAGAGCGGACCUCGCAGGGGGGCUGGUUUCCGGCGGGUUAUUUAUUUCUUCCCUCUCGCUUAAGUUCCCAGCGGAGCGGGCUGGCCGGCACCUGCGCCCCCCACCUGCUUCUCGGAGGGUGGAAGGUGUGGGGAGGCCAUGGAGAGCCCGGCGGAGAACCCCAGCAAGGCGGCGGAGUACCUGAAGGAGCUGAACAAGAUCAUUGAGACGCAGCAGGAGCUGCUGGAGAAGCAGAAACGGAGGAUAGACGAGCUGGAGCAGCAAGUGGCCAAGUUGUACCACGAAAAUGCCUGUCUGCAGGACGAGCAUCACCGGCACCUGGCCACAUGCAGGCUCCAGCAGGGCGUCCCCCCCGCGUACCCGGUGGGGGCAGCGGUGCUGAGCGCCAUCCAGGAAAACGCGAAGCACGAAAAGUCUGAAGGUGAAAGUUCAAGAAGCCUCAGGUCUUUAAAUACUCUGCACCAGUUUUGCUGUCCAGCUCCAUUGUACCAUACCCAGCUAGCUGUCCCUGCCACACACUCAGAGUACAGGACCUCACUGGAAACGCGAAGCAGCAUCUCAACUGAUCCGCUCAGUGUUGAGGGCGAGGCUCCAAGUAGUGAAACUGGCACAUCUUUGGAUAGUCCAUCUACUUACCAUCAAGGACCUAUAACGCACAGUUCAGCGAUAAGCCCGGACCAUUACGAUCAUUCUGCUUACGGGCUGUAUUCUGUCUCCCCUGGGCAACAAAGAUCUCGGAGGCCCAAACUUCAGCACUCCACAUCCAUUCUGCGAAAACAAGCAGAGGAAGAAGCUAUUAAAAGGUCAAGAUCACUUUCUGAGAGCUAUGAACUCUCUUCAGACCUACAGGAUAAGCAGGUGGAAAUGCUAGAACGGAAAUAUGGAGGCCGUCUCAUAACUAGACAUGCUGCUCGUACUAUACAAACAGCUUUUCGCCAGUAUCAGAUGAACAAAAAUUUUGAGCGUCUUAGAAGUUCUAUGUCUGAAAAUCGCAUGUCAAGACGCAUUGUACUGUCCAAUAUGAGAAUGCAGUUUUCCUUUGAAGGACCUGAGAAAGUCCACAGCUCUUACUUUGAAGGAAAGCAAGUUUCUGUUACAAAUGACGGGUCAAAACUGGGAUCCCUGGUACAAUCUGAAUGUGGUGACCUUGGAGAGCCAGCUACAAUGAAGUCUCCAGCAGCAUCUACUGAUUUUGCAGAUGCUAUAACAGAACUGGAGGAUGCUUUUUCCAGGCAAGUGAAGUCUCUUGCAGAGUCCAUUGAUGAUGCGCUAAAUUGCCGUAGUCUUCAUUCUGAUGAAGUCCAGACUCCAGAUCAAGUCAGAAGUCGUGAAAUGGAAAGAGAUAGUUGCACUCAAACUAAACCAGCAAUCCAUAACGUGGAUCACAGGAAGCUUGAUGAGAUGACAGCAUCGUAUAGUGAUGUUACAUUAUAUAUCGAUGAGGAAGAGUUAUCCCCACCCCUUCCCCUUUCCCAGUCAGUGGACAGACCAUCCAGCACAGAAUCUGAUAUGAGGCUUCGAUCAGUGAACUCUUCUCAAGAGUACUGGUCCAUGACCCACAAAGAUGAUAAAAUAGACACUGAUACAAGCUGCAGGAGCACCCCUUCACUGGAAUGUCAGGAACAGAGGAUGAGAAUGGAUCAUCUGCCAUUGCUAACUAUAGAGCCACCCAGUGACAGUUCAGUGGACUUGAGUGAUCGCUCAGAGAGAGGUUCAUUAAAGAGACAAAAUGCGUAUGAUCGAGGAAUCACUAGUCAACAAGGAAGCCCAAAACACAUCCCUCACAGUAUUCCUGCCAAGAUUAUAUCCCGAGAGGAACAAGACGCAAGACAUAGGCCUAGGCCUAUAGAUAGUCAUUUAGCUAUAAAUGGCACAGCAAACAGGCAAAGCAAAUCGGAAUCUGAUUAUUCGGAUGGAGACAAUGACAGCAUCAACAGCACUUCCAACUCUAAUGAUACAAUAAAUUGCAGCUCAGAAUCUUCUUCUAGAGACAGCCUAAGGGAACAAACCUUGAGCAAACAAACAUACCACAAAGAAACUCGUAACAGCUGGGAUUCCCCUGCCUUCAGUAAUGAUGUUAUCAGGAAACGCCAUUAUAGAAUUGGACUGAACCUUUUUAACAAAAAACCUGAAAAAGGAGUCCAGUACCUAAUUGAGCGAGGUUUUGUGCCAGACACUCCAGUGGGUGUUGCCCACUUUCUCCUGCAAAGGAAAGGUCUCAGCAGACAGAUGAUUGGAGAAUUUUUGGGAAAUCGGCAAAAACAGUUCAACCGGGAUGUACUAGACUGUGUUGUGGAUGAGAUGGACUUCUCAACAAUGGAACUGGAUGAAGCACUCAGGAAAUUUCAGGCUCAUAUUCGUGUUCAAGGAGAAGCCCAGAAAGUAGAACGGCUCAUUGAAGCUUUUAGCCAACGAUACUGUAUCUGCAAUCCAGGUGUUGUGAGACAAUUUAGAAAUCCUGAUACCAUCUUCAUUUUAGCCUUUGCAAUCAUACUGUUAAAUACAGAUAUGUACAGCCCAAAUGUGAAACCAGAACGCAAAAUGAAGCUAGAAGAUUUUGUCAAGAAUUUAAGAGGCGUGGAUGAUGGUGAAGAUAUCCCGCGAGAAAUGCUGAUUGGGAUUUAUGAGCGGAUCCGCAAGCGGGAACUGAAGACAAAUGAGGAUCAUGUAUCCCAAGUCCAGAAGGUUGAAAAACUCAUAGUAGGAAAGAAACCAAUUGGAUCUCUGCAUCAUGGACUUGGUUGUGUCCUCUCUCUGCCACACCGGAGGCUCGUUUGCUACUGUAGGCUCUUUGAAGUUCCGGAUCCAAAUAAACCUCAGAAGCUUGGAUUGCACCAGAGAGAAAUAUUUUUAUUUAAUGAUCUUCUUGUGGUGACCAAGAUCUUUCAAAAGAAGAAGAAUUCGGUUACGUACAGUUUUCGACAGUCUUUUUCCCUCUAUGGAAUGCAAGUUCUUCUCUUUGAAAACCAGUAUUAUCCCAAUGGUAUACGGCUCACAUCAGCUGUUCCAGGAGCAGAUAUAAAAGUACUAAUAAAUUUCAAUGCACCAAAUCCUCAGGACAGGAAGAAGUUUACAGAUGAUUUGAGGGAGUCAAUUGCAGAGGUUCAAGAAAUGGAAAAGCACAGAAUAGAGUCUGAGCUAGAGAAACAGAAGGGUGUGGUGCGUCCGAGCAUGUCUCAGUGCUCUAGUCUGAAAAAAGAGUCUGGCAACGGGACACUGAACAGGGCUUGUCUGGAUGACAGCUAUGCUACUGGGGAGGGACUGAAAAGAAGUGCCCUGAGCAGCUCCCUUAGAGACCUCUCUGAAGCAGGCAAGCGUGGGCGACGCAGCAGUGCAGGAUCGCUAGACAGCAAUAUGGAAGGGUCCAUCAUUAGCAGUCCUCACAUGCGCCGAAGAGCUACAUCAACCCGAGAGUGUCCAUCUCGCCCUCACCAGACUAUGCCUAACUCUUCCUCACUCCUAGGUUCCUUAUUUGGUAGUAAAAGGGGAAAGCCACCUUCCCAAGGCCAUCCACCUUCCCAAGGCCAUCCGCCAUCUGGCUCAUCACAGCAACCUCCGCUCCCUCCAGUACUCCCACAUCAGCAGCACGCUCAGCAUCCUUCGGCCCUGCACCACGCAGGGCCGGCUGAGGGGCAGGCGCAGGCACAAGUGCACUCGCACCAUUCGCAGUACUGCCACAUGCAGCAGAACCCGCCGCCCUACCACCACCACCACCACUACCACCCUCCCCAGCACGUCCAGCACCCGCACCAGUAUCACCAACACGUGCCACAUUCCCAGCAUGCGGCACACUCCCCGCAUACUCCGUACCUGCAGCACCCCCACGCGCAGCAUUCCCACUCUCCGCACCCGCCACUGCCCCCUCCACACUCGUCUCAUCCCCCGCACACUCAGCAUCACCAUGGACCGCCACCGCCUCCCUCCACUACAGCCAGCACUAAGCCCAAGCACAGUGGCAUCAGCACAAUAGUCUAGAACAUAGUGACCCUCCCAGUAACUAUUGUUUUUAAAUACAGUUACAAAGGCACUUACAGGAAGCAACAAGUAAUAUUGUCAGUUUUUACCUAGACAGUUUAACUGAGUUGUGUGAGCUUAAAGGCUUGCUGAUACUAAAUAAAAUAAUUCGAGUUAGGGCAAUCAAUACCAGUUUUACUUACCUACUUGUUAGACACUUGCCAUCUGGUUAGUUAUUCUUUCCACACACUGCCUUGAAAACAUGCUGCUUGCUGAAUAUGAGUAAAGCUACCUUUUACACCAAAUCCCGUGACAAUUUUACAUGCAUAAUAAAAACUUAGCCUAUGAAAAAAGGAAAAAAGUGAUACAGAACCAAGUGUUGCAUUCUUGCUCUUUUAUUGUCAAUGGGCAAAAAAAUAAGUAGACCUGAUAUGGUUGAUGAAAGUACGUAAGUAAACUUUAUAUAAUAUAAAUAUAUACAUAUAAAUAUAUAUAUACUGUAUAGUUAACAUUUGUGCUUGGAAAGAAAUUUUUCAGUCCACAAAACUAGCAAUAUAGACCUUACAAGGAAUUCCACUUACUUGAUAGGACAGUAUAAUAGAUGAAUAGCGUAUGAAAGAGUAGACCAAAAAUAUUAAAUGUUAAAAACAAAUUUCAGACAUUUCAGUAUUUUCUUUAAAAGUCCUCUGAACUCACUGAGAUUUCUAAGCAAUCAUUACUAAAUGUGCCAAGUAACAUAGCAUUUAAAUGUUGUAGUCAAAUAUUGCUUUGUAUAAAUUCUUAUUUUAUUAACAUGAUAAUAUCAUACGUAAUCAGUAUUAUAACUGCUCUGCUAUUUCAGGUAAGCAAACUUGUUAAGAUGCAGUAGUUAUACCGUAGCAAUGUAGGGUGACCGUUUACCCGGUGUCAUCUUCAAGCAUCGGUCACACCAAUUCUUAGACACUUUAAAGGCUGUGAUAACUGUGAAUUUACAUGAUCCACAUUUCUUUUGUAUGCGUAUGAUUUAAUGAACACACAUGAAAAGUUACAACAGGUGCAUGUAUACACUGCAAAAACAUUCAUCUCAAACAUGAAAUUGCAAACUUUCAUCCUUCUCAGCUACUUUGUUUCCUGUUUGCCAUAUUUUCUCAUUUUUACCCCCAAUUAAGCUGAAUUCUAGUGUGAGAGUGUUUCCAGAUGGAAGUGCUCUAAAACUUGAAGGUUUGUUUUAGAAUUUAGUGUAGGGUUUUUUAUACAUAUAUAAAUAUAUUAAAAAAAAUCUGUAAUUCCAUGUAGCCAUGCGCUAGCAACAAAGUGGCUUCACCAUUUUUACUCAUCACAUUUGUUAGUUUACAAGUACCCAGCACUCAGCAGGCUGAGUUUAUGCUCAAACCCUCACUUUCAUAGCCCAGAUAGUUGCAAGACAUCACAUAAAAACAGGCUGUGCUGUUGUUGCUUAUGUGUUGUAAUCAAACCAUUUGCAAAUUUAUAUAAAAUUUUUAUCCCUAAGUCCUGUACAAAGUUAUACAUGGCGCCUACUUUGUAGUUUCAGCAUUUUGAGCCACUGCAAGGACUUUACACCUAAACAAUAGAAACAAAGGAAUCACAACUGCAAAACUGUACCAGCCUAAAAGCACCUUGAAGAGGAUGCGCAAAACGUUCCAGUGUGAGAUGGGUAAAAGUAGUAACAACAACUAAUUAAUUGUCUAUUUAACAACAAUAAUAAGCCUGUCAGGAAUAAUGAGGGAAAGAGAGCAAGAGGAUGAUUUUUCUUAUGGAGCUGCUCUUGGUAUCUCUAUUCGGGGGGGAGGAGGGGGAUUUUUUUGGUAAUUUUUUCCCUUUCAUACCAUUGAUAUCACAAUACCAGCAAACUGCAAACUGAGCACUUUGUUAACCUCCACAGAGAGCAAAUACAGCAAUCUAGAGUUUAGCCUUUUGUUUAAAACAUGUCCAUGUUUGUUCCUCACGUGUGCAAUAUGUUUUCCCCUUCUGUUUCUUCUCCUAUAAAUUAUCUUCCUGAAAAGAAAAGAAAACAAGUAAUUACAUUAUUAUUUUUUAAGCAUCUCUCAUGCUAUUUUAAUUCUACAGCUUACCUUAAGAGGGCUCAUGUGGGCCCCAUGAGGCUCUGUUCCUUGCAGCUUAAAAAAAUAUAUACUGUUCUUAUAAGGGAAAGUAGAACUGUCUGCAUGUCAUCUAAUGUUAUUAUUGUGAGGCUACACUCUACAUAUUGUAUAUUUGCAAAAUAUAUCAGUGUUACUGUUGACAUUAGUUGAAGUAAAGUGAUAACAUUUAAAUAUGUAGACUUUUCUUCAUACCUCUGUACCAAUGGUAGAGUCUAACUGUAAUUUGUAGGUUGUUCCAGAAAAGAUAAAGAUACUAUUCAGGUACAAACAUCUCUCAGAAAGUGCAUCCUUUAAUUAGGACAGAGGUAAGAAUGCUCCUCUUCACCGAGUGACAUAGCCUGUACUUUUUUCAGAUGCAGACUUCUUAAUGUCAGUAAAACUGCCUGUGUACUGAAUAAAUGCAGAAUAUGUAGUAGCAGUGGAAAGGAAGAUCUGACCCAAGCUGAGUUACUUAGUUAGCAAUGAAGACCUUAAAUAUCCCAGAUCUGUAUUUGUUUUAUGUUUUAAAACCCCUUUCAUUCAUUUAAAUUAGAGUUACAUAUAAAUAUUACAAGUUUGCACUGUAAGCCACAUUUUAAUGCGUGACCGCUGAUUUUCCAUGUGCAAUCAGAUAUUCAGAAGUCACAAAUGCGCAUGCAAAAAAACCCAUUUAGGCAUGAUUUCAUAUACACGUGGAGAAAGAGUUUAUGCCUACUCUGUAGGUAUAUUAAGUUGCAUGUGUAAAAUCACUGACCAGAGCAACUAAACAACCUGUCCAUGUAAGAGCACAGUAUUUGUAAAAUUUCUUAUUUCAAGUUAGUGAGGAGAGAGACAGUGGACUUGAUUCCACAUCCCCCCUCCCCCCAUGUAUUUGUACAUACUUUUAACAAGCAAAUGUGUCUUGGUGUCAGCAUAAGUCUUAAGAACUUUGCUGCUCAUUUAGGGAUGUGUAGUGUAACCUGUCUGAAUCCACCCUUGAGUAACAGUUGCUUAGAGCUGUGUGGAUCAUGCCUAGAAAAGGAAAGUGACAGUACUUCGAUACUGUGUGUGGUUAAGAAAAUGAAUUUUUGGGGCCUGCAGGCAGGAGCAGAAUUGGGAGGGUUUUUUCUCAAAUUCCAUUGUCAAUUAAGAACUGGUACAGAACAGUAUAGAGUGACUAUGUUUCUCUUUUCCCAUAAGUAAUGUGGCAGAGCAGUAAUGCUGGUUUGAAAAAAUGAAAGGGAAACCUAAAGAAUGAAGGUGGCAACAACAAAAAAAUCUUUUCUGGGACAACAGUCAAAUAUAUAUUUGGGGUUUUUAAUUUUCUUUAAGUUAAGAAUGAAAUGUACAACAAUGUAAAAACAAAAAAAACAAGAAACAAAGUUCAUCCUAAUAUAAUGUACGUCUUGUAUUGCUAAAAAAAAGUCUAACAUACAGUGUAGAAUGAUUUCCCAUCAUGUACUGCAUGCAGCAGAAGCCUCUUGUUUCUUGAUAAAAUGAGCUGAAAGACAGUCAGCAGAUAUUUAAACAAUGAAUCUCUAGAUGUUGACUUGCUGUUCCAUAUGAAGCUGUGUGUUUUCUGCAGUUAAGCAUGCAUUUUGCCGUUCCGUUGUAAAAUAUCAUCGCACUUCUUGCCUGCAAAAUGGAUUAUUGUGUAUAUAUUUAAAAGAGAAAUGGAACCAAUAACAAGAUUAAAUUUGGGAAAGAGAAAAGGGGGUGGUGAAAAUGGGACCAAGUAGGGGGAAUAGAUAGUUCUCUAAAUUGUACAUAGUGUGUAAAUUAGUAUUACUAUAAGUCUGCAGUCACUUUGAAGUUGCCUACAAUACCUAUCUCCUGUUAGGAACUUAAAUCAGCUUUGAGUUGUAUUAAACAGUUAGAAUUAGGUCUUGAAUGCAGACUGUUAAAGACUUCAAGAAACAUUAUGCUUACAAGAAGCUUCUGUUCUCGGGAGGCUUGAGACCCCUUUUGUAACUAUGGGGAAGAAAGGAGUGCUUUCAUUUUAAUAUGCAUUCUGUUUGUAAGUAGUAACAGACCCUAUUGAUGUAAAACUAUAACUGUGAUCAUGUGGAGAAAUCAAAUAAAUCAUUUAAAACUC